AUGGUAAAAGCCGUAGGAGUGGUGAUUCUGUUCCUGAUGGUGGCGGCCUUCACUGUAGUUGUGGAGGCUCAAAUGGUGAAGCAGAACUACUCAAUCAACUCCCCCGCCACCGCCUGCUGCAACGACUGCACCUGCACUAAGUCCGACCCACCUCAAUGUGAGUGCAAUGACUGGGGAGAAGCUUGUCACUCUGCUUGUGAGCGUUGCAUCUGCCGUCUUAUAUAUCCUCCCCGCUGUCGUUGCUAUGAUACCACCCCCUUUUGCUUUCACAAAUGUUCCUCUUCUUCUGUUAAACCUUCCGGCCAGAAUCCUUAA